AUGGCUUGUUCCACCAAACUCUAUCACAACUUCAACCACAUUAGGACUUUCGUGAAUGCGAGGGUUAAAUGGGUUCGAGAUCUUGAUCUCGACACUGCAGUUCUCAAAGAGAAAAAUCUUAAACACGUGAUUUCUCUCAAGAACCAUAUUGUUUCGUCUCCUUCCAAAUCGUUAUCCGUCUACAAUGCGUCUAUGUUGAAAUCUUCACUUGACCUUCCUAUGACGACUAUUAAAUUUGUUGAGAAACAUCAUCAUGUUUUCUCUCAGUUCCAGCCGGGUCCUGGACUCCCUCCACGCGUUAAGCUUACUGCUCAAGCUUUAUCGCUCCAUAAAGAAGAGAUGGAAGUGCAUAAUUCUAUGACUAACCGUGAAGAGACUGCGCGGAGGCUUGCGAGGCUUCUGAUGCUUGCUGGCAUGGGGAGAUUGCCGAUUUAUGUGAUUGAGAAGCUAAAAUGGGAUAUGGGUCUACCUCAUGAUUAUGUUAGAACUCUUUUGGCUUAUUACCCCGAUUAUUUUGAUGUUUGUGUGGUGAAAGAUCCGUUGUCUGGGGAAGAAGUGCUUGCUUUAGAACUUGUUUCUUGGAGAAAAGAUCUUUGUGUGUCUGAGUUAGAGAAGAGGGUAAUGGGCUUGAACUAUGGUGCAGAUAAAAGAAGACAUGAUAUUGCGUUUCCCAUGUUUUUGCCCUCAAGUUUUGCUUUAGAGAAAAGGGUGAAAACUUGGGUUGAUGUUUGGCAAACAUUGCCUUACAUUUCUCCAUACGAAAAUGCAUUUCAUCUUGACUCGAAUAGUGACCAGGCAGAGAAGUGGACAGUGGCGAUUUUGCAUGAGUUGCUUUCUCUUUUAGUGUCAAAGAAGACAGAAAGAGAGAAUUUGAUUUGCUAUGGAGAGUGUUUGGGGUUGGGCUCGAGAUUUAAGAAGGCUUUGGUUCAUCACCCUGGUAUAUUUUACAUCUGUAAUAAGAUUAGGACUCAGACUGUUGUGCUUAGGGAGGCUUACAGAAAUGAGUUUCUGGUUAAGAAACAUCCAGUGAUGGGUAUGAGAUAUUGGUACAUUCACCUCAUGACGAAGAAAUAG